AUGCUUGGAAAAUUUCUGUUCGCGGCACUUCUGGUGCAGCCGCUAUUUGCGGCGCCCACCACUCCUCACGAGCCAGGGACGGACUGCCCUGCUGACCCACCGGGCCCUCCAGGUGGUCCUGGCGGACCAGGCGGACCUCCUGGAGGCCCCGGUGGUCCUCCUGGUGGACCAGGCAAGCCGAAACCAUGGGGUUUCUUCACGAACAACACAAUCUACCAGACCACUGGCUCCGAGGCCAUCACCUACCCCCGCUAUGCUGAGCUCGAGGACAGCACCAUCCUAGCCACGGCAUCGUUGAUGGGCCAUAGCCCAGGCUAUUUCCCCGUCUUCGAAAGCAAGGAUGGCGGAGCGUCCUGGAAAUACAUUUCCAACCUCACAGACCAGGUUAAUGGCUGGGGCAUGAGUGCACAGCCUGCCAUAACCGAGCUCACCGAGGACCUGGGCAAGUACAAGAAGGGCACGAUCCUGGCUGGCGGCAAUAGCUGGAGCAACAAUGGCACCCGGAUCGACCUGUACGCGAGCACCAACAGAGGUCGCUCCUGGGAGUUUGUCAGCCAUGUGGCUUCAGGCGGCCGGCCGAACACGACUAACGGCGCAACUCCUGUAUGGGAGCCGUACUUCAUGGUAUACAACCACCAACUCGUCUGCUACUACUCCGACCAGCGUGACCCCAAGCACGGGCAGAAGCUCUCACACCAGACUUCUCGGGACUUGGUCCACUGGAGCGCGCCUGUGGACGACGUCGCAUACGACGAGUAUAUCGCCCGGCCUGGCAUGACCGUCGUCGCCUACAUCAAGCCCACCAAGAAAUGGAUUCUCGUCCACGAAUUUCCCGUGGGCAACUCAUCCUCCCACGGCUCGCACUAUCCUGUCUACUACAGGCUUGCAGAUUCACCUCUCGACUUCCGCCAUUCUGAAGGUCUCCCGAUUGUCAUAGACGGGUCCUUUGCACCAAAUGCCAGCCCUUAUGUCGUCUGGAGCCCUCUUGGCGGCCCAUUUGGCACGAUCGUCGUCUCCGACGCUGACAACCGCCAGGUCUACACCAACCGUUUCGGCGGCGACGUCAACAAGUGGGAAUCCCAUGCGACUCCCGCAGGUGCCGUUUAUAGCAGGGCCAUCCAGAUCUUCAAGAAGCGGCCCGAUCACCUCAUGAUCUAUGGUGGGGAGACGUUUGAUGACUUCGGCUUGGGCCUGCACACGCCGUUCUCCGCGACGGUCAUCAAUCUCAAUGAUCUUCUGAAAUCUAAGCCGUAG